AUCAGCACUUAUAAAACUACACUCUGCAUCUUUUGGAAGAAUAAUGUUGCACACUUGUAACACAGCCACUCUUAUAAGUGUAAUAAAAAAAUCGAAUCUUAUAUCAGUCCAUUGUUACUUGACGUCACAAGCAGUUUCCUCGCGAUAGGUGCUACCUUGGCAGUGUGCUGUGUGCAGGGUAGGCGAUUGGAAGAUAACAGAUGACUCACGCAGUAUCUGCUUAUAUUCCAGGUAGUGCAACUUCUGUCUUGUAUAAAAGACAGCACUUCCUAAGGCAGUUGCAGUUUCAAAUUAGCCGUUGUUAGUGAGAACACUGCGUUUCUGACGAUAUGGAAGUGAUUUAAAUUCCAAAUAAUGCCGGAAAUUACGAGUAAUUCUGUAUGUUCGUGCAGUGUUGCCAUUUUGUUAUAAAGCCAGUGAACACGACUGAUUAUUUUGACCCCAGCUGGUGGAUAUUUUGUUAUGCCUUCUUGUGCAGGUAUUGCAUAAGCAGUGUGGAAACUACAUGCAGCACUCAGAGCGUAAACGGGAAAUUUAAAUAACUGAAUCAUGGAAAACCAGACAAAGUUUCGGAGAUCGCAAGAAAUCAAGAAAUGCCAUCACCAUAAGAAUAUAGGAUUCAGAAAUCUCUGCUAUUCUGUUCAAGAAAAUAAAGUUUCAGCAAGACAGGAACAGCCGAAAGUGAUUCUACGAGGUGUAAAUGGGGAGUUCCGAUCCGGACGCCUAACAGCAAUCCUUGGGCCUUCAGGAGCAGGCAAAUCCUCCCUCCUGAACGUACUCUCAGGAUUUAAGAGUAGUGGAGUGACUGGUUACAUCACCGUGAACGGUGUUGAGAGGAACACUGAAGAGUUCCGCAGAGAAUCCUGCUACAUCACGCAGAACUGCUACCUCAUGGACCUCCUAACCACGAGAGAGACUCUUGCAGUCGCCGCCAGCUUCAAACUAAACGCCAAGGUCACAACGCGGGAAAAAAAUGACAUGAUAAAUGAUAUUUUGGAGCUGUUGGGCCUGAGGAAGGCAGCGGAAACGCGGGUAGGGAAGCUGUCUGGCGGAGAGAAGAAGAGGCUGUCCAUCGGGCAGGAGCUCCUGACCAACCCUCCGGUUAUGUUUUUCGACGAACCAACCAGCGGGUUGGACAGCUCCUCGUCUCUGCAAGUGAUUUCACACCUGAAGUCCCUGGUGCGCGGGGGAAGAACAAUAGUGUGCAGCAUCCAUCAGCCAAGCUCGCGACUUUUCGAGAUGUUUGAUGACCUUUACGUCCUGGCUGAAGGACAAUGCCUGUACAGCGGGGCGAUCAGUGACAUGACAGCAGUGUUCCAGGAGUCGGGGUUCAAAUGUCCGAAAUAUUAUAACAGGGCGGAUUUCGCUGUGGAGGUUGCGUGCAGAGAGCGAGGCAUGAACAUAGAGAAACUUAUUGCGAAGGCCGAAACCCACUUCCACGGGCCCGAUACUGGACGAGCCGAUUACAUAACCAACGAAGAAACAUCGAUGUUAAGGCCGUCGAUAAAGAAGAACUCGACGGAUACAUAUAUUCAGGUUCCUCAAGAGACGAUGGGGUCGAGGUAUCCGGUGACACUGGCUAGGCAGAUCUCUGUCUUGCUGAAGAGAGCAGUGCUUUGCACUAUACGAGACUUGCACUUGGCCCAACUUCGGUUGGUCAGUCAUGUGGUCAUAGGAUUGUUCCUGGGUGGAGUGUUCUACGGAAUAGGCGAUGAAGCAUCCAAAGUGGCCAGCAAUACCGCCUUCCUCAUGUUCUCAAUGAUGUUUCUGUUCUUCUGUAACUUGUUCCCAUUCGUACAUUCAUUUCCUCUGGAGAAGCUGGUGGUGAUGCGAGAGCAUAUGAACAAUUGGUACUCGCUGGAGGCGUACCACAUCUCGAAAAUUGUGGCUGAACUCCCGCUGCAGAUCCUGUGCCCCACUGGGUUCCUGGUGUCCGCAUACUUCCUGACAGGCCAGCCAACUGAAGCCACAAGGUUCUUCCAGUUCUGGGCCGUGUUCAUCAUGGUUGCUGCGAUUGCGCAAAGCCUUGGACUUGCGACUGGUGCAGCCGUCGAACCUCAGCUAGGAGUGUUUGUGGUAUCAACGAUUGCUCUCCCGAUGCUCAUAUUCUCUGGCUUCUACCUGAGGCUGCAAGACAUGCAAGUCUUUCUUCAGUGGCUCUCAUAUGUCGCAUACUUCAGAUAUGCCUUUGAAGCAUUGAUGCAGAGCGUGUAUGGAUAUGACAGGCCCUAUCUUAAAUGCUCAGAAGCAUACUGUCACUUCAAAUCUCCAAGGAAGUAUCUGGAAGAAUUUGACAUGGAGGAUGCGAACUACUGGACUGAUAUGCUUGGACUCUUGGUGUGGAUUGCAGCUCUUCAAAUCGUGUUCCACCUGAUGCUUAAAUUUAAAAUGAGGGUUUCAAGAUGAUCCUCAACAAGAUGUAGAACUAUGAGGAAUGUUAUUUUCUUAGAUAUAAUGCCGUGUAGCCCAAUCAAAUUCCACCCACAUUUUGCAGAAUCAUA